AUGUCACACUUAGACUCUUUUAAUGGCAUGGUUGUAUCAAAAUACUUCCGUACGUUUCAAGACUAUAUUAAUUUCGAGCUUGUUUGUAAAAAGUUCAAAGACAACCUGGACAAGUUUCAUUACAACCCAAUAUCUCUAACACGAGAAAAUAUAAAGCAUUUUCCUAAGUUAGAGACGCUCUACAUUUACACUACAAUGGACGACUCUUUUGUUGAAAAAAAUUUCUUCAAACGAGUCAUAUAUUAUCCCGUCGAUUGCUCAAAGCACAAUAACAAAGAUGAGUGUGUCGUGUACCGGACAUUUUAUUACAGCCGAGAUAAUAGAACAAAGUACCCAAUUCCCAAAUACGCAAGUAUUAUUGGAAUCUCUACUUAUGAAAACGAAACAAUAAAACAAUUGGAGAUCCCUGAUAAUAUCACCAAAAUUGAUGACAUGGCUUUUCAGUCUUGUCGGAUGGUCGAAUUCAAAUUCCCACGACACUUAUACUUCAUAGGUAACAACUCCUUUGCUCAAUGCAGUACAUUGACCUCAAUCAGUCUGACAAGUGCAUUGCACCACAUAGGAGACUUCGCGUUUAGUCAUUGUUCGAAAGUCAGUAAUUUAGAUUUACCUCCCAAUUUGACGUACAUUGGGAAAGGGGCCUUUUUCGGGUGUUCUUCACUUUACAGUCUUCGCAUACCAAACUCGAUCUCCGAGUUAUCGGAAAGUUGUUUUGGGUAUUGUUCGAAGCUCUGUCUUAUCACAAUUCCAACAUCCGUUACAUCGAUCAAUGCAAAGUGUUUUAACUACUGCAGUUCACUCCGUUCACUUCAAUUGCCAAGUUCAGUUGUUUCGAUAGGAGAUCAUUGCUUCCUCGACUGUCAUUCUCUUAUUUUCGUGUCAUUUCCAAAGAGUGUCACACACUACGGUGAAAACAUCUUUAGAAAUUGUGUUGCAUUGACUCAAGUUACCUUUCCCGAACACGUCACAAAAUACCAAAAAGGUACCUUGUAUGGAUGUUCCGCAAUAAUAAGUUACACUGUGCCAGAUGUCAUAUGUGAACUUGGACCUUAUUGCUUUUCAAUGUGCUCAAAUUUGAGUAAAAUUUCACUGUCUAAUAAUGUUACAGAAAUUGGGGAUGAUUGCUUCAAUCGAUGCUUUUCACUCGCUUCUUUUGAUUUACCAAAGAACGUCACACGGUUGGGAAAAGAAACGUUCUUCGACUGCACUACACUGAGCGAAUUCCAAUUUAACAAAGUUAUAAAAUCUAUUGGAAAAGAUUGUUUCAGUCACUGUUCAUCACUUACACUCUUAAACAUACCAAAAACAGUUGAAGAAAUUGGGGAUCAAGCAUUCUAUUAUUGUCCAUCACUUCUUUUAAAAUUACAAAGGUCGUACAAUAACACAGUAUCAUUUUAUGAUAAGUCGCAGUUAAAAAAUAAAGACACAACUUCUUCUAUAAAAGAUUGCGUAAUCGUUUAA